AAAAAGAAAAUACAAAAGAAGAUAAUCUUGCUAUCUCCGCCGACGAUUUGUUUUCUUUGUCGCGACGAGAUCUCUCUUGCUAUCUCCACCGAUGAUUUCUGCCAUCUCUGUCGAUUUAACCUUCUAGAUCUCUUGGUAUCUCCGCCGAAUCUCAGUGCUCGCCAUCUCGAUUCAAUCUCUCACAGCUCUCCUGAUUUCAAUCUCACAUCUCGAAUCAGGAGGUUCAGUGUUUUUAGCUGGAGUAAUUGCUGUCUAAUAGGUUACACAUAUAUAGCAAGCUACUUUACACAUUAUCUCCCAACCAUACGACAGGUGAAUUAAAAUGGUCAAUAAAAAAACGAGUAAGAAGUCCAAGAAAAACAAGAAGAAAUCUGGUGAUGAAGAGCCUGAAUUUCUGGGUACGCUGUACCACAAUCAAACUACAGCUGGUGAUGACGAAAGAGUGACUGAACACAGAGAGAAUGAGGAAGAAAGAGUGACUGAACACAGAGAGAAUGAGGAAAGGGAGACUGAGGAAGGAAGGCUAAAUGAGGAUGUUCAAGAUGGAGAGCCUCUUGGCUUUGUUGAAAUGGCACAGGAACAUGAGAAUCCAGAGCAACCUAAGCGUAAAAAACAUAGAGGCCCAACUAAGAUGAAGAAUAUAGCUAAAGAGCCAAAUGUCCGUGAAAGACUUGAAUGGAAUGGUAAGGGACAGCCUGUUGGUCGUGGAUCAGUGAAGUUAUCCUCUUAUAUAAGUGUAUUAGUGCGAGAACAUGUACCUUUCACAAUCGAUGACUGGAGGAAAGUUAGUAAUGAACUGAGAACAGUUCUGUUGAAAUCUGUCCAGGCAAGGUUUGAGGCUGACGAAGAGUACCAGAAGAUUUAUAUACUGGGACAGAUGGGAUGCAACUGGAGGUCCUCCAAAUCAAGACUAGUAAAGAAGAUAAGAUCCAAAUCUACUAUACAAGAAAGGAUGACUCUGAGACCACCUAAUAUUACGCAACCAGAAUGGCGGAAGUUUGUGAAACUCAAAACUAGCAAAGAAUUUGCAGUUGUAAGUGAAUCUUACAAAGAGAUACGGCGAAAACAGAUACCACACACUUGUAGCCGCAAAGGAAUGGUCAGGCUGGAAGAAGAGUUGAAACAAAAUAGUGAAGACCCAUCGCAAGUGUAUAGGCUAGACGUCUGGGUCAAAUCACGAACAAAAAAAGAUGGUACUCCAGUCAACACGAAAGCAGCUGAGAAAUUAAAGAAGGCAGCUGAGUUGGUUAAUAAUGCUACUUCAUCGUUAACAAACCCACUAGAAGACAGCCUUUCACAACUAUUAGGACCCGAUAAUCCAGGUCGUCUUAGGGCAAUGGGAAGAAGCAUGAGUAAGACCAAGUUAGCUUGUUUACAAGUGAAGCAGAAGUUCUUUGAUGACAUGGAAAAGCAACAACAUAAGUUGGUUCACCAAGUUCAUGCAUUGGAAGAUGAAAUUAAGAGAAUUAAACAGCAGAAGCCAGAUACUGAAGUUGGUGAAAACUCAGCUUCUGCAAGAGGAAAAAGUGUUAACAAUGAAGGACAAGGCCGUUGUGUGUUGGUUGAUUGUCAUAUUACUAAUGAAAAAGUGGCUGAAGGAGUUCUUCUAAGUUCUGAUCCGGAUGACUUUGUUGAUGACAUCCCCUUGUGCCCUGAAGCUGUAAAAGUUUUGGUGGAUAAAGCAAUUGUGUUAGAAGCCUUUCUUUGGAGACCUACAGCUGAUAUUUCUACAGUUGAUGAAGCUGUUGGUCAAGUCAUUGCAUGGCCUCUCAAUAAAUGUCUUCAAUCUCACCAUAGUGAAGACAUUCUUCCAAGGAGUCCAAAAAUAUCUUCUUUGAACAAAUGCAAACUGCUGGAUUGGACUGGUAAAAUUGAUGGAGUGGUUGGUGAAGGACGUUGGCAGUCUAAAGACCCAGCAGAGUUGGUUAAUGGUAUUCCUCUAGGACCAAAUCAAGUGAAAGUCUUUCUCGAUGUGGUCCACGUUGAAAAAGUCUUCUUAUGGAGGCCUACAGCAAAGAUUAGAUACCUUGGGGACUCUGUGAAAUCAUUCAUAUCAUGGCCUGCCGAUAAGUGUGAUUUUGAAGAUACCAUAGAUACACAAUGUCGAAAGUCUACUCUGCAGCCACAUUCCAUGUCUACAAAAGCAUCAAGUCCAAAAACUGCAUCAAAAGGUACAACUUCUGCAUCUCCAGUUUCUAACUCUCAUAAGCGGAAAGAAUCAGAAUCAUGUCCACCAGCGCCUGUAAAGAAAAAUCCACCACAACUUACCCAGUCUCCACUUCGAAGAUCUCAGCGUCACACUCCAACUGAUGCUUCCAAAGAAAAUCAGAAGUGCAAGUUAAUGGAUAUUAACGGAAAUAACAAGGUGGUUGCUGAAGGACGUUGGGCGUCAGACAACCCAGAGCAUACUGUUCAUUGUGUUCCCUUGGGUGACAAUGCAGUUAAGGUUUGGGUUGAUAUAGUGAAUGUCAAUUCUGCAGCUGUUUGGAAGCCGUCUUCUGAGAUAGAGUGUCUUGGAGAUGCAUUUGGAUCUGUACUUGCAUGGCCAAAGGAUAAAGUGAUAAUGUGUUAA